GACGUUUUCCUACGAUCAGUGGUCUCGUUUCACGCGUCGUGGAAUGUCUUGAGCAUGGACAAGAAGGUAGGGGGGGGAAAAAAUGGCGAGGACGCCUCGCAGUUUCUACUGUUUGUGGUGUUACAAUUUUAACAAAUAUUGUGUAUUUUACGUAAAAAUGAAUUAUUUCAUUUAAUUUUUGAUUGCGAUUAAGAUAUUAUGUUAGAAAUGUGAUAUUCGAAGCUAUAUUUACAACAACGAAAGAAACUUCACGCAUUUUUGUAUCGAAUAAGGCUGUGAAAAUGUCUGAUGAUUACAGUAGAUCCGUUUUAAGGAUGGUUGUUGCCCAAAUCUGCCAAACUAUCGGAUGGCAUUCAAUUAAUUCGACACCAUUAGAAUUUAUGGUAGAUCUUAUGGAAGAAUAUAUUUUACGUAUAUCAAAAUUUACACAUCAAUAUGCAGAAGUUUUGGGAAGAAUAGAACCUAAUCUUGAUGAUUUAGGAUUAGCUUUUAAACAUAUGAAUAUUGAUAUACAAGAAUUAGCAGAAUAUGUUAAAAAUGUAGAUUCAGUUCCAUGUACUAUUGCUGUACCAAAAUUUCCUAUGAAACGUGAGAAUCAUUUAAAUUUCCUAAAGCCAGGCAGUCGUGAAGUAGUUACUAGAUCUGUACAUAUUCAUGAACAUUUACCAGCUAUGUAUCCUGAUACAGAAGAAGAAUACAUGACAGAUAAGCCAGAAAGUUUAACAAACGGUGUACAAGAUGUAGCAUCUUCGAAUGGAACAUCAACACCGAGUUCAGUGGAUGUUUCUCCUCAUAGGAUGUCUCCGCAAGUGGUUUUUAAACGACCAGGAGAUCCUGUUUCCUUUGAAAGUCCUAUAGUGAAACGUGCAAAGAUAUUAGAAGAAGGUAGACCAUUGCGUGAGAUACACAGCGUAAUGAUGACUACAUCUGGUUUUUUAUCCCCUGCUCGGGAAGGAAAACUUCCAGAAGCAAGAACACCCCAUCAAACGUGCGCAGAUUCCCCUCAACCAAGUUCUUAUCCUAUGGUUCCACCUGAGCUGAAAUGUGACAAAAAACCAAAGAAGAUUAUAAAGAAAAUACCAGAGGACCGUAAGCUUGAUAAAGAAAAUAAAAAGAAAAACAAGACUAAAGAAUUGUUUAAACCUGAUAAGAUAGAUGAUAGUAAAAUAAAAAAAUUAGCCGGUAUGAAGGAGUUAGCUAAAUUAAAGCCAUUAAAGCCAGGUGGUGGUAAAUCACAAACUAACUUAGCAGGUCCUUCCAGUAGACCGUCAACUCCAAAAUUGAUACCAUCAAAAUCAACAGGUAGUCCAAAAUUACCUAAAACUAUUCAACUUAAAGCAAAACCAGAAAAAGUAAUAGAUUUAACAAGUAGUCCACCAUUACCUGAAAGAAAAGAGGAUAAUAUCGAUAAACUACCAUCAGAACCUGAUAAGCAAAAAUUAAAUAUUUUCAAAAAAAUAUCUAAACCUAGAGAGGACAAAGAGAAGGAAACGUCAGAGCAACACAAACAUAAAGAACUUGAUUCACGAGAAAGUUCACCCGGUUUAAUCAUUGAUGAGAACCUUGAAAAACAUGCUCAUAAAAAUGAUACGGAGGUUAAAAAAGAAGAGAAGAAAACACCACAUACACCAGACGUUCAUGUUCACCCAGAUAGUGACUUGAUUGACAUACAAAGUCCAUCCUCAGAUGUCUAUAUGUUUGAUGAUAUGUCACCUCCUGGAACUCCUAGUACACCUAAAACUCCAGAGCUUAAUGUUCCUACUCCCAUUGAUCAGAAAAAGAAAAAGAAGGAGAAGAGUAAUAAAAAGAAAGAAUCCAAAAUUAGGAGCCCUAAGCGUUGUGUAAGCCCAAAAAAGACAAAACUUUCUAAUGAUGGUGUGGAAGUAGAUGUAAUGGAUAGGCCCAAAACUCCACAAGCACCUGAACCUCCAGUGCAUAGAGAACCAAAUCUUCCUCCAACAUUACCAUUUCCAUUCUUUCCAACAUUUCCAGCUGCUCCUGGUCUAAUACCUCAUCCAAUUACUCAUCCAAUAUUUCCAAGGUUUCCAUUACCUCUGGGAAGAGGUGGACCUGGUCCACAUCCAGCAAUGCCGAAUUUGCCUUUGCCACCCCGUUUUCUUAAUCCAACUAUAAAACCAGAAGAUUUUGCAUUAUCAAAAAUAAAACCCGUGGAAUGUGAAAAAUCGCCUAGGGAAAUAAUACCCCCUAUAAUGAAAUAUGACGCUAUAGAAAAGGAAAAAGCAGAUAAAAUUAAGGUGGUUAAACAAGAUAAAGAGAUAAUUACACAUACUCCUGGAAAUAUAAUUGCACCGCCCAUUGUUUCUGCACCUGCUGCACCAAUCAUACCUAUUGCACCUGUACCUGUUGUGCCAUUAUUACCUUCAAAGAAAUCUAAAAUUGAUAAAGCUGAUAAGGUUGAUAAGAAAUCAAAAGAGCAUAAAAAAGAAAAGAAAGAUAAAUUAAAGAAAAAGAAAGAUAAAAAAGAGAAACAUAAAGAAAAGGGAGAGAAGGUAAAAGAGAAAAAGGAUAAAGCUGAUAAAAAGGAAAAAGUGGAAAAAAUAAAAGAAAAGAAGGAGAAGAAGGAAAAGAGGAAAGAGAAAGAAAAAGAAGAUAAAAAUGCAGAAGCUGUACCAAAAAUUACAUUAAAGAUAGGACCUGCAUCUCCAAGACCACCUACACCAGACAAUACAUUAAUGAAGAAAAUAACAAUUAAGCCAUUGUUGAAAAAACCAGAUGAAGAUAUAAAAAGAGAACCUAGUCCAGAAUUGGCCAAAAUAUCAGCAUUGGUAACACGGCCGCCGAAGCAAAAGUCAGCAAGUAAGAAAAUAGAGGAGGGAACAUUAGAUGGCAGCCCUGCUCUUCAUACAGAUUCUUCUUUCUCUCUCAAUUUUGCUACUGUGCCACUUGCAACAGUUCCUCGAGCCAAAAAAUCUCUGUUUAAAAAUCUAUCCCAAAGAGAUCCAACACCACCACCACACUUUGAUCCUUCUCCUAAACUCCCAAGUCCUCUACUUGCGCAACAGCAACCACCACCAUUUUACUAUGAUCAAGGAGGUCGUCAAGUAUGGAUAUGUCCUGCAUGUAAACAGCAGGAUGAUGGAUCACCCAUGAUCGGUUGUGAUGACUGUGAUGCAUGGUAUCAUUGGGUAUGUGUGGGACUACAAGUGGAACCAGCUGCAAAUGAAAAUUGGUAUUGUAGAUCUUGCAUUACCAAAAAACAGGAACUAUAUCAUGAUAAGAAAAAGAAGAAAAGGAAGAAAAAAGUGAAAACAGCAGCCUAGUACAAGCUAACCGGAUCUUCUGUGAGGUCCGGUAUUACAGUUGCAACUAGUACCAAAGUUAAAUUGAAGGAGAAUAAAAUGAAAGGCUUAAAAAGCAAAAAAGUGUCUAAAACAGAUGUAAAAAUGCAAAUGAAAUCUUUAAAAGGUAAACCUAUUACAGCUAAAGGAAAAGGCACAAAAAGUUUAAUUAAAACUAAGGCUGUUAAAAAGAAAAAUAAGAAAACAAAAGAUGGUGCAAUCCAAUUAAAUUGAUAAUAUUGAAACUAAUCUUUUCCGAGGAAUAGUGAAUGCAAUAUAUUUAAUAGAUAAAUUUAAUAUUUUCUUAAAAAUUUCAUUUUCAUAACUUUAUAGGUACUUGACUUUUCUUACAGCAGGUUUAUUUUACAGCAAAGAAAUUGGAAUUGAAUCAUCAAAUCAUUAUAAUAUAGAAUAGUUUCUGCACGAAUAUAGUACUUGUUUUAAAAUACCUAAAUAUUCGUUUAAAUUCUAUAAAUUUAUGAUAAUUAUGUAGCAUGUAAUAUAUUUUAUGUUUUAUGUAUCUUUAACAUGUUCACAUAAUAGGAAAGAAAUCUUUGCAAAAUAAUGUAUUAGAUACUGUUACUUCUUAUUUAUAUGGAUUUUGUUAAUGCAUUGAACAAGAGAAGAGCGUGCAAAGGUAUACAUAAAAACAAAAUGAAAAACGUAGAGAACUUAUUUUAUAUUAGCUUUUUGUUUAUAAUCUAUAUGCAAGCAAAUAUAUUUCAAAAUGUAUCAAAUAUUUUGUACAAAGUUCGAAGAGGUCUCAUGAUACCACGAUUGUUUAUAUA